CACAAAAGAGUGGAAAUUUCAAGGCAUUAAAUUUUAGAGAAAUGGCUUUCAUUCGUUUGGAUAUCAGAUGCCUAUAUGCCAUUCUUAUUUGCACAGCAUUUGGCUCUCCUUUGUCUUCAACCACCGAGAUAAAAGUUAAUCCUCCUCAGGAUUUCGAGAUAGUGGAUCCUGGAUAUUUAGGUUAUCUCUAUUUGCAAUGGCAGCCUCCACUGUUUCUGGAUAAUUGUAAGGAAUGCACAGUAGAAUAUGAAUUAAAAUACCGAAACAUUGAUAGUGAAAACUGGAAGACCAUCAUUACUAAGAAUCUACAUUACAAAGAUGGGUUUGAUCUUAACAAAGGAGUUGAAGCAAAGAUACAUACACUUCUGCAAGGGCAAUGCACAAAUGGAUCCGAAGUUCAGAGUUUAUGGUCAGAAGCUACUUAUUGGACAUCACCUCAAGGAAAUCUGGAAACUAAAGUUCGGGGUAUGAAUUGUAUAUAUUACAACUGGCAAUAUUUACUCUGCUCUUGGAAACUUGGCAUGGGUGUCCAUUUUGAUACCAAUUACAACUUGUUUUAUUGGUAUGAGGGCUUGGCCCAUGCAUUACAGUGUGCUGAUUACAUUAAGGUUAAUGGAAAAAAUAUUGGAUGCAGGUUUCUGUAUUUGGAGUCACCGGACUAUAAAGAUUUCUACAUCUGUGUUAAUGGAUCAUCAAAAUCCCAGCUUAUCAGACCCAGCUAUUUUAUUUUUCAGCUUCAAAAUAUAGUUAAACCUUUGCCACCAGACUAUCUUAGUAUUACUGUGAAGAAUUCAGAGGAAAUUAACCUGGAAUGGAACAUACCUAAAGGACCCAUUCCAGCAAAGUGUUUCAUUUAUGAAAUUAAGUUUACAGAAGAUAAUACUACCUGGGUGACUACAACAUUUGAAAAUGAAAUAUAUGUCACAAGAAAAUCAAAUAAAAGCCAACAAUUAUGCUUUUUAGUGAGAAGCAGAAUGAAUAUUUAUUGCUCAGAUGAUGGAAUUUGGAGUGAAUGGAGUGAUAUACAAUGCUGGAGAGGUGGCAUACAAAAGGAAAUCUUAUUUUUCUUGAUAACAUUUUCUUUUGUCUUAUUUUUUGUUUUGUUAAUAACUUGUCUGCUCAUGAUGAAGCAAAAAGCUUUACUGAAAAUGGUUUUUCAUACAAAAAAAGAAGUCUUCUCUCAUCAAGAGACACUCUGUUAACUCAAUAAUUUUGUCUUAUGG